GGCGGCGGCGGCGGCGGCCGCGGAGGGACGAUGCGCGAGUACAAAGUGGUGGUGCUGGGCUCGGGCGGGGUCGGCAAAUCCGCCCUGACCGUGCAGUUCGUGACCGGCACCUUCAUCGAGAAAUACGACCCCACCAUCGAGGACUUCUACCGCAAAGAGAUCGAGGUGGACUCGUCGCCGUCGGUGCUGGAGAUCCUGGACACGGCGGGCACCGAGCAGUUCGCGUCCAUGCGGGACCUGUACAUCAAGAACGGCCAGGGCUUCAUCCUGGUCUAUAGCCUCGUCAACCAGCAGAGCUUCCAGGACAUCAAGCCCAUGCGGGACCAGAUCAUCCGAGUGAAGCGGUAUGAGAAAGUGCCAGUCAUCUUAGUGGGGAACAAGGUGGACCUGGAAAGUGAGAGAGAAGUGUCAUCUAAUGAAGGCAGAGCCCUCGCGGAAGAGUGGGGCUGCCCCUUUAUGGAGACUUCCGCCAAGAGCAAAACAAUGGUCGAUGAACUCUUCGCAGAAAUCGUGAGGCAGAUGAACUAUGCGGCACAGCCCGACAAAGACGACCCGUGCUGUUCUGCAUGUAACAUACAAUAGCAUUCGAACACGGCUGUCCUGGACAGGACACACAGGUGACAUUGCCACCACAGGUGACACACACCUCGUCUGCCUGACUGCGGAGCACGCAGGAUGUGUGGUGUGAAUCCACAGUGAAACAGCCCCCCCCAUUCAGCAUCGAGCAGUGGUUGUCAGUUGAUAUCUCUGAGUAACAUUUGGGUUCAGGAACUCCGGUCUUCACCACGGUCCUCCGUCUCCUGUGUGCACCUGCAACUUUAAGGCAUAGCCGAUCGAUCUACAGGGUGAUUGCCUCCAGAAGCCGUGAUGGCAUUGUCGCUGGGUUGACAGAAGCAACUAUUGUAUAAAUUAAAAGUAACCAUGAGAGAGAAACCGUAAGAAUCCCUAUGACCGCUUACAGUUAAAAUAUUUUGUCUUCUUAAAAAAAAAAAAUUAAGUAAAGGAGAAAUAUUUUCCUAGGAGAGUACUGAAUUUCAGGACUGGAGAUAGUGCUUCUAACCAAUGUAUCCCGUCAAGUAAGUUAACAACAGCUGGCCUGCCGACAGCAUUACAGGGAGUGAAUCUUCCCUCAGCUGACAUACUCCCGUUUCUCAAAAUUGAUGCUUAAUUGUAGAUGUUAUCCUAAUUUGUGACGCAGAACUAACCCGCGCAUCAGUCCUUGACAGAGCAGAAGUCAGAACAGGUCGUGUAGAAGAACAGAGUCUGGCUUUAGAAUGUGUAAAAACCACCUGCUUGGCCGCAGAAGAUGGAGGCUCUCAAGAGGGUUUGAUCCCCAUUAAAACCCCGAGCCCACCCUCUGUUCCUGAAGCAGGGGUGGUCUUAAUCACUUUACUGAACAAGAAGGAAGCAACUGUCACGGGAAGAUUGCCUAGCCUUACUCGCAAGAUGUGUUCUGGUCGAUGAACUAGUACCAUCGCGUAAGGAAAAUGAAGCCAUGUUGCAUCCACACGUUCCCAUUUGCGGAAACCUCACAGGACAGUACAAAUAUCUUGCAUUUUUACAUUCGUCAAAGCAGCAAACUCCUUCUUGCCUUUAAGGGCUAUGGUUGUGGUGUGAUUCUUGGCUAACCUGCUUUCAAAAUCAAGUUUCCUGUAGCAGAGCUUUACUGCAGGCACCGAAAAAUUGAAUAACCAUGGGAAAUAAUUUGGGUUUAAAAGUAGAACGUAAAUUAUAGGGUGGAAGGCAAGGGACCAAAAAAAAAAAAAAAUCCCAUAAAAAAACCUUUUAUCUUUAAUUUUUCUGGGGAAUUAUAUAAAGAUUUUCUUAUAACAAUUUUGCCCUGAUUACUGAAGUGGCCAAUAAAGCUAGAGUAAGUAUUUUGUUUUGAAAAGGUGCUCCGAGCUCUGGCACUUUUGGUUUUCAUAGCCCUGAAGUAGUUAUCAUUUGCAUGACUAAUGGCAUAGGAAAAACCUAUUCCUAAGUUUUUACAAUCAAGCAUAGAAGGGUUUUCAACCAAUUUCAGAGUUGUAAAUGCUGAAGAGCGUACCUUGAGCUUAAUCCUCUGGAGAGAAAUUUGGCCUUCGGAACUGCACUGUCACUGAGCCUGCGAUCCCCGUACUUGCCUCACGUUCUGUUGGCUUCACACACUUGUGCAAGUAACCUCUGGUCUUAUGUGUGUACCUGAGCGAAGAGUGUGUGUUUGUGUGUGCAUGUGUGUUUAUUGUUCCUAAGAAUUUGGCACAAGUCAGAGAUAAUUGCCUAUACUCAGACUCCGUACUGCAGGAUAUAGUGUAUCACAAGCAUUUUUUUUUCCUUUUAAAUUAUUUGUGUAGGGUUUUUUUGUUUUGUUUUGUUUUUGUUUUUUACACAUUAUGGAAAUCAUUGCUGGCCCCCAAGUGUUUGGUAAACUGGCAUUGAGUUUAGAAGAUAACAGAAAGGUAGAUAGUACUUUUCACAGAUGAGAAAACAGAUUCGUGGAUACAACCAGGCCGUGAUCGUGAAAGAUGCUUUGAAUUGUGAAUAUUUGCAUUCUUCAGUGUAGUGUUUUCUUACAACCCCCAACGGGGGAGCACCUCGUUUACAGGACAGAAAGUUCCAACCUGUUUUCUUGGAACCAAGCUCUGUAUGUCACAGUUGAUUCAACUCAAAACAUUUAGAGAAAUCCGAGAUUCAAGAAGUAUGAUUUGUCCACAGAAAUAGAAAUAUUUGCUAGUGAAUCGGCUGAGAUUUGAAGCCUCUAACUUCUCAGAAUGAUUUUUUUUUUUUUAGAAUUCCAUAUUUAACAGCAAUUUAUGACAACUAAGAUUAAGUAUUAAAAACAUCUAAAGGACUACAGUUUUACAUUACGGAUUGCUAUGCAGACAAGAAAAAGAAGUUGAUACGAAAAGAAUGUCAAAAACUUAAAGUGGAAAAGAUUAUCUAACCCUUCGGAUUUUCGUUCGGAAGUGUUUGUGUCAGACAAGAAGGCGGGCUUUUACUGUAUAGACGUUGCAAAGAACCAGUCUGGCUGCCUGAUCAGUGUUUCUACACAGCCCUCCGCGCUUAGUGACAGAGCCUCAAAGAUCCCCAGAAACAUGGGAACCCUCUUGUGCUCUUCCUGUUGGUGUUUCAUCGGGUAGGAAUAUAACUGGGUUUGAAGGAAUGUGUUUGUGGAGAUGUUACUAACAAGCUGAAGAACAGGAGGGUCAAGUGACAUGACGUCACAGUGGCUACAGAGAAAAGUCGGUGACCUUGUGUCGCUGUUGGUUUUAUGCCCUGAUCAGACGAGCAACUAGUUACGUGAACGUUUUCUAACAUGCCUUAAAAAAUGUUAUGGUUUGAUCCAAAGACCCACUUUUUCUUUAGCUGUUUGUGAUAAGCUUUUCUUCUGUUUUCAUUUUGUCUUGUUUCACUUCCGACAAAGGCAGCGUUUUUUAGAAGGUUUUUUUUUUCUUUUAUGAUGCAUCUUUUUUUUUUUGGGUGGGGGGGUGUUUUUAAGCUGUGAUAGUGAUGGUAACUGAUGCCUUUUCCUUUCGUUCCAUUUACACCAAACAAGCCAGCAUUGAUCAAAAGCAUUACAUAAAAUCUUAAACUAUUGAAAGGUGCUUCGAUGAUUUUCUCCUUUGGUUUGUAGAGUUAGAACUGAACUUUUGACUAAGCAUUUAGGAGUUGCCAUCACUUUUCUGUGGUAAAACUACUGAUACUUGCUUUUCUUUAUAAGGAAAUGUUGCCUAAGGAUGUCUGCCGUUUGUUUUCAGGAGUUUUCCAGUGGGAAUGUUGUCAGCGUAUGUCUGAAUGUGAAAAGUGCAUAUUGUUUGUUGCUGUUGGUUUUCUUGUCGGUUUGUUCUGUUUUUUAGUUGUUCUCACUAGUCUUGUGUUCGCACUGUUAAGCUUUACUUGUCUCCUUUGCCAAUCAAAUGUUAAAGACUGUGGGGGUCUUUUUCUUUCUUUCUUUCUUCCUUUUUAAAUUAACGUGUCAUUGUGCAUCUAUUAAAUCUUGAUCAGGGUUUCAAGAAUGACUGCAGUGGGUUUUGGAGACAGACUUAUCAUUAUUGAUUUGGGGUUUCCCAGAGAUAUAGUUCACAGUUAAUUGCUGAGCUCUAAUACAACUGACCAUUUAAAAUUGAACAACAGUUUAUUGUUUUGUAACAAUGUCAGUUGUUAAACCUUGACAUUUCGAUUAAAACAUGAAUUGUAGUUAUAACUCAAUGCAAAUUCAACAGUUGUAUUUGGAGUUAAAUUAUUUUAACAAAUAAAUUUAUUUAAUGAAACUUC